CAGGCUGCAGCGGAGGGACACAGUCAGGAAUGAGGAUACAGUCCGUCAGCUGUGCGUGGCGGCGGUGGACCCCAGGAACUCCCGGCAGCAGGACGGUCCAGCAGCCCUCAGGUCCCCGGAGCUUCAUAACUCUUCCAACCCCCGCGCGGCGGAAGAUGACUUGACAGGAGCUGGAAGGGGGUGGUGGUGGGGGGGGGGGGGGCAACUCUGUCAGCUUCAAGCCCCCGGCCGCUGCCGACACCCUGCUCUGGCCAGGGAGCGUCAUGGCAUCCCGGCUGCUGGAUCGCCUGAAACGGUCGCUGUUCAAAGAUGGUCAUGGGGCAGGUCCCGAGCAGGAAGCAGGAGGCACGCAGGAAGUGGAGGAGUUUGUUGAGGACCAGUUGGAGGCGGAACUGGCGGAGGAGGAGGAGUGCGUGACCGAUCGGCUCGGGGGGACGCUAUGCUUUGACAGCGGAGGAGGAGGAGGAGGGGAAGUGGAGGAUGGCGGCGGCGGAGAGGGCGAGGGGUCGGAGCUGGACAGUGACUCUGACUUCCUGGGAGAGUCGAUGGAGGAGGGGUUCAGCAGCACGGACGCCAGUCCUGUCGCCGUGUCCUCGGCGGGCCCCCCCCCCUCCUCCCUGCUGACGCGACAGCUUCAGGAGAGCUGGAGGAACCUGCGUGCACUCAGAGGAGAAAGUCCCAUCCCCUCUGGUAGGCGGCUGACGGACAGCUUGAUGUUUGAGGUCACCGACGCCAGCGUGGUGCAGGACGGCUCCUCAAAAUACGUGCUAUACACCAUCCAUGUGAUCCAGUCUGGUGGCAGCGAUAAGACGCCGGCCAUAAUCACCCGACGAUAUUCUGAUUUCCAGCGCCUUCAUGUCACGCUGCGCCGUAACCAUGGAGACCAGAUGGAGCGCGUCUGUUUCCCGCGAAAGAAGUUGCGGAGGAACUUCACAGCGGAGACGAUCGCCAGGCGCAGCCGAGCCUUUGAACAAUACCUGUCUCACCUGUGUUCACUCUGCACCCUGCGGGGGGCGCUGUGUGUCCGACAGUUCUUCUACCUGUCCGACCUGCAGACUGGACAGCUGCUCCUCAGGGUGGGACGUUACCAGGAGGCCCUGGGUCCGCUGCUCAACGCCAAGAGACUGCAACAAAAACUGGGCUGGGCUAUUUACUACGACAACCAGGCUCAGGCCACGCUCCCGUCUUCCUCCCAUUGGUUCUUCACUCUUGUGGGGCUGUCGUGCUGUUUCCAAGAAGUGGACCAGCUGGAGGAGGCCCGGGAUCACUGCGACCUCGCCCUCCGCGUUCUGACCCCCGCUGAGACUCAAAAUGACGCCGAGGAGAAGCCCCUCCCACAGACUGGUGCACCCUGCCCACGUAUUGACAGGCCCCACCCCCUCCUUUUGCAGUUGCUGCGGACGGUGGUUCGGCUGUCGUGGCAGACAGGAAGAGACAAACGGCAGUGGGAGGAGCUUCUUCAGCAGCUGGAGGAGCAGUGGGCGGGGCUAGACAAUCAGCCAACCUUGAAAGAGUUUCUGGUAAAACACAACCUGCAGGAGAGCGAGGGGGAGGGGUAGAACGACGCCUUACACACCGCAGAGUACAAUCACUACGAUACAGUAAUGUAUCAUGACACAUCAACAACAACAACAAACAAGCAUUAACAAGAAAAUAUUAUCUAGGAGAAAAUAAAAUAGAGGAGAAAAAGUGUGGGGGGGAAAUUAUCAAAAUAUUUUGACUGAAAUAUUAUUAUUUAUUCUUCCAAACAAAAUAAACAUCUGAUCGUAUCAAUCAGUCAAAUGUUUAAGCCUUAUCCAGUUCAGUAAAGAGUCUUGGUUGUGAGAAGCAACAUAAAUCUAUAAAGGGAAAAAAUAUUCUUCAAAAAUAAAAUGGAAAAGGUGCCAUCGAAUCAUCUUGGCCGUUAAAACGGAAUCAUUCAAACGCUGCUUUUUGGUUUAAAAGAACCUUUCUCAUUAAUCUAAGGACAAACAGACAAUUGUAGGAAGCAGAGGAAGGAAACCCAACCAAUUUCAGAAAUGAUGUGAAUGUUUGAUCUUAGAGUUAUGUCUUUAAACCAUUUAUCAUACAUUACAUAUGUGCACAGACAUCGUAACGGAAACAGCCUUGACAUGGAGACUUCAUUUGGCCGAGGCGUCGAUGAGACAGACAUUUCAUCAUCUUGGCGUCUGGUCUUUAACAUUUCUGGCUGAGCUGCUGUUCACUACCGAGCAGUCAGGAUUAUUUACUAGAAAUCUCACUUUGUCAUUAAGAUUUUAAUUUAGAUUUUAGGAACAAAAUCAUUUUAUUGCACUUUUCUUAAAAAUAAAAAUAAAUUAUGAUAAUUUUUUUUUAAAAGAAACCUGUUGCCAGUUUGUAAAGUUCAACAGUCACUGAGGCAUUAAAUCAUUUAAUAACUUUCAUCAGCUCGCAUCGCUUCUCUUCCUCCUCAGUCAGCUGACCCCACACAUGCUGUCUCACUGAGGAACGUGUGUUUUUUUUUUACGUGGAUUCUGUUACUAUGGAGACCAGUGGUUUUGGUGGUUAUGGUGACCUGGAGUGGAUGAUUGGAUAAAGGGACAAAAAUAGAUGUGAAUAACUGAUUUUAACUGAGCGAAAAAUGUGGAAAAUAUGAUAAUUUUUCUCUCUUUAGAUGAAAUGAUCAAACACACAAAGAGUCGAGAGCGAGGUUUUUUCCACUGUUGGUGUAAAACAGGUGAUUAAAAAGGGACGAGACAUUAUCACACAGGGGAAAUUAACCUGACCGGUACAUUGAAUAUAUAUAUAUAUAUAUAUAUAUAUAUAUAUAUAUAUACACACACACAUCCUGGUGAUGGAUGAAUGGAAGCUGCUCAUAUCAUCUCUCCAGGUUUAAUAACAUUCAGGAAGCAGGAACUUGAGUUUUUCAGCUCGUUCAUGCUGCAUUCAGCGACAGACUGUUGGAGAUGCUGCAAACAAAAGUCAUGAGUAAUAGAAAUAUUGGGCCUCAUGCAAGAACCAUACGUAUGAACAGAUUUUGGUUUCAAGUGGUGUGAUUUUAGGGGACUCGCCAUAUUCGCCAAUUUUCAUAUGUACACGUCACAUUAUUGUAGCUGCAUAUUGUAUAAAAUCGGACCGUUAAACAUUUCUCAUGAUUCUCAACUAACGUUGAAGUCAGACUGACCUCAUCUGCUUUCUCCUUCUGUGCUUUGGCAGAGGAAACGGUCUGACAUCUGUUUUAUCUGCAUCACAUCAUUUCAGAUAGUUUGUUCAUCAGAUUAGAAAAAAAAAUCCCCCAAAAAGUCACACAGCAAUAAAGACACAAAAAAAGCUCCUGCACUUAUUUAGCAUAUUUGGCUUUUUGUUCUGUUCUAAUCAUGUGAUCAUAUUGUUUACAUUUAAUACAUUUCUUUUUGUUGAACAUCACUUUAUGUCGUAGUGCAAUGAUCUUUUAUAUAAGGCCAAGUUCUUCACUCUGGUUCUGAUGGUGAGGCUCGUAACGAUCAACUCUGCCUCCUUCACGUGAACACGCUCGUACCUGAAUAAGUAAACACAGAGUAAACCAGCUCUGUGAUGUCAUCCAGGGUCGCCACUGUUUGUCGCAGUGAAGGUCAUUGAUCAUCUUUAUUCAAAGUAUAUGAUCAUAAUAGCCCAAAGCGAGUCGGACAGACUGAAGUCACAUUGUGAUCCUGGCCUUGGGCUUUAACCCAGAGACAAUCUGGUCCAGACCGAUUUAGAUUUCUAUCAAUUUGGGUGUUUUAUUGAAUUAAAGUUUACAGUUAAUGAAAUGUAGAAGUGGAGGUAUUUCGAUUUCAUCUGGGACCUUUUUUAUUGAGUUUCUUUCUUUCUCAGUCUGUCUCAACUGUUUACUUUCGAAACAAAGAAAGCUGUUGAAUGAUUAAAUAAAAUGCGGGGGGGGGAGGCUUUUUACAUACUUCCAAUAUCACAGUUUUUACAGACUUGAGAUAUUUGACUUGUUUUCAGGUGUUAUUUCUUCAUAAUGCUGCGUUUGUUGACUCCAGGUCUGUUUUGAGUUGUUUUUCAUUUUUCUUCUUCACUUCACUAAAGGUUUAUAUGUUCACUUCACAGAUUUAAUUAUUUAUUUUUGAAACUGUAAGUAACACAAACACAAGGUUCUCCCGACUCCACUUUCCCCACGUCCACCUGCGAUUUCAGAUCAGAUUUCUCUUCCUCCUGUAAAAUAUGUUUUUAAAUGUGGAUUUAUUUGUAGCAUUGCUGCUUCAUAGAGCUACUGUAUGUCUGCAGGUAUAUAUUUGAGUAUAUUUUAUGGAAUAAAUUUGUUACAAAUUGCA